AUGGUGCUGGGCUUCGUCAUCAUCGCCGGCUUCGUGAAGGGCGACGUCAAGAACUGGCAGCUCACGGAGGAAGACUACGCAAACAGCUCGCACCGCGGCGCGGCGGAGGACACCAGAAAAGGGGCCUUCGGAUCGGGCGGUUUUGUCCCCUUUGGCCUGGAAGGGAUCCUGACGGGCGCUGCCACCUGCUUCUACGCCUUCGUGGGCUUCGACUGCAUCGCCACGACGGGGGAGGAGGCCAGGAGCCUGCAGCGCUCCAUCCCCAUCGGCAUCAUCGUGUCCCUCCUCAUCUGCUUCGUGGCCUACUUCGGCGUCUCGGCCGCGCUCACCCUCAUGGUGCCCUAUUUCCUCCUCAACAAGGACAGCCCGCUGCCCGAGGGGAGGCCACCUUGGUCCCCCAGGGGAGUCUGUUACAGGACAGUGCGCGGGGAGGGCGGCCUGGAGGAGGUGGUGGAGGCAGCGAUUUACGGCACCGAUGGGCAGUUCCCCAUCCAUGGGGACCACCUCCUGAUGGACCAUCCUGCUCCCGCUGAGAUGGUGUCCGAGCGGCGCGGCCUUCCCGCUGCAUUCACCACAGCCAGGACCAUCGCAGAGGUGCCCGAGGGCUGGAUCGGGAUCCCAGCGGGGUCGGCAUGGACUGGAGCGUCACACAUGGAGCUAGGGGUGGCUCCAGUGGAGAAGGUGGUUGGGAAGAGGAUUCAUUGCUCGGGCUGUGACAGGGACUGGUCAGCAGAGCUGCUGCAGCGCAUGGGGAUGGAGACUGUAAAGCGGAGAUCUGAAACCCCGGUGCAUCUCUGCAAGGUGCCCAGGCACCCGGAGGGCUCCGAUGCGGGGCAGCUUCCCAGCUGUUCCGCUUGCGAGCGACCACGGCUGCAGCCACGAGGCCUGCAGGAGGCCACGCGCUCGGCUGCGACGCGCAGCGCGUGUCGCGGCGCACGGUCGGUGUGA